AAAAAAGGGAAUGUAAAUGUAAAUGUAUAUAAGUUUGAAAAACCGACAGUUCUUUCUUUCUUCUUCUGCUAAUUAGGAGUAUAAUUCAAAAGGCUCCGAUUGUUGAAGCUCAAAUCGCUAUGGCAAUCGAUAUCUCAACUUUAGAAGAAAGGUACAUUAAUUCUUGUGGGAAACAUGGUGUUCUACCUAAUACUACAAUUCUGUCUAGCCUAUUUGAGGCUCAAGUGAAAAAAGCCCGCCAGGAGCUAUGUAGCCUGGAGAUUCUCUUGGACGAUAUUAAAGAUAUUGAUUUUCCUCCACUUCUUGAUUUAUUUAUAGAACUUGGUUCUUCAGAGAUCCAAGCAAUAGAUGUACAUAAUGAAUCGUUAUGCGUGUUGAAUGGAGAAUAUGCUUUGUCAUUGAUGCGUGUCAUCAAUCAAAAGCUUCGACGAGUUGACCUCCAGGAUUUGUCAUUUGGAAAGAACUUCUUGCGGGAUCUCUCUAAGAGAGGUUUGCCAUGCCAAGUUUUAUCCUUGAGGUCUUCGCACUUCCGGAAGCUGAACAUGAUGGGGGAGUUCAUGCAGAUACACACCCUAAACCUUGACUUCAGUACUUCACUUACUAGUUUCAAGGAGGAUUGUUUUAUUUGCAUGCCCAAUUUAACGCACCUCUCAUUGUGUGAAACCAGAAUUACAAAUCUUUGGACAACCAUUGCAGCACUUUCUAAACUCCCUCGUUUGGUUGAACUUCGGUUUCAGAAUUGGCUGUGUUGCAAUGAUGCUGGGCCUUCAGCUGCUUCAUCUGAUGGAAAGUCAAAUAACAAAACUGAUUUCAGUCAGCCAAACAGCUCUUCUUACAUUAGAGCAUCAUCUAUCGAUAUUGGUGUACUCACUGAUUAUGACUCUAGCACAGAAGAGGCUCUCAGGAAUUUAUUUUCGUUUGAAGAUGUUGCCAUAAAUCAAGAAGUUCAAAGCAUGAUUGAGGAUUCAUCAGAUGAUAGUGAUGUGGAUUUCUCGAGUCAUCAGCAAGAAUAUGGUUCCCGGGAGCUAUUAUUUACUGAUUUUCCUAGGUUGAAUGGACAGGUUGAUCAGCGGAAUGAGGUUUCUUUUGAUACAUUAGACAACCAAAAUGGAGAAGAGUCUUUAGCUGGUGCCUUUACAAGGCAAAUUGAAGAUGUCACUUUGAAGUUCAUUUCUUGUCAUGCUUCACCAAUAUGCUUUGAGAAAUACUACAGAGAAUAUAUGAUAACUUCAUUGCCCCAUUUGAAAGUCUUGGAUAACCUGCCUAUCGGAGAGGAUGACAGGGAAAGGGCUACAAUCACCUUUUCACAGUACUUUGAGUAUCUACCCUACAGAAGAAAGCAUAAAGAAAGCGUUGUUAGUAUCUUACAAAAGCGUGAAAUAAGAGCAAGCCAAAGUCUUAUGCGGACUCCAAAGCAAAAGUCGUCAUAUAUUUCUGGAAAGUCAAAAUAUUUUUAUACCAGGUCUCUUUGUGCUGCCAAAGUUGGGUCUUCCGCUUGGCCUUUCUUGCACCCUCUUUCUAUUUCAAGCAGUGGUUUGGGAGAUGAAGGUAUGGGCUUUCGUCCAAGGCAGUUCGAGUAUCAUCCAUCUGAUUCGAGCCUAAUGGUCUUUGGAACUUUGGAUGGCGAAGUAGUUGUAGUCAACCAUGAGAAAGAGAAAAUUGUUAGUCAUAUACCGUCGCUUGGUGCAAUGAACAGUGUGUUGGGACUCUGUUGGCUCAAGAACUAUCCCUCCAAGCUCAUAGCUGGUUCAGAUAAUGGUUCACUGAAAUUGUAUGAUAUCCAGAAAAUGCCAACAACAAAUAUGGGCAUAUAUAAUACUGCUGGUUUUGUCACCUUUGAUGAUUUCGACCAGUUGACAUCUGUUCAUGUUAACUCUACGGAUGAACUUUUUCUAGCAAGUGGGUACUCAAGAAAUGUUGCAUUGUAUGACAUAAACAGUGGAAGACGCUUACAGGUGUUCACUGAUAUGCAUCGAGAGCAUAUUAAUGUUGUGAAGUUUGCCAACUAUUCUCCCUCACUUUUUGCUACUUCUUCCUUUGAUCAAGAUGUCAAGAUGUGGGACUUGAGACAGAAACCAAUACGGCCUUGCUAUACUGCUUCAAGCUCUAGGGGAAAUGUGAUGGUUUGCUUUUCUCCAGAUGAUCAUUAUCUUCUUGUGUCAGCUGUGGACAACGAGGUUAGACAACAUCUGGCUGUUGAUGGGAGGCUUCACUUGAAGUUUGAAAUAGCUUCUACAGGAAGCUCUCAGAAUUACACUCGUUCAUAUUACAUGAAUGGAAGAGAUUAUAUUAUCAGCGGGAGUUGUGAUGAACAUGUAGUCCGCAUUUGCUGUGCUCAAACUGGAAGGCGUCUUAGGGAUAUAUCUUUGGAGGGAAGUGGCUCAGGGUCUAUGUUUGUGCAAUCUUUGAGGGGUGAUCCUUUCAGAGAUUUCAACAUGAGUAUCUUAGCAGCAUAUCUACGUCCAGGCUCGAAGUCUGAGAUUGUCAAGGUCAAUUUGCUAGCAUCAAGGGACCAUGCAAAGGAACACUCCUACGGCCGGCAUUCCUGCCCAUCCAAUAGUAUGGGAGGUUGACGUUUAUACAUUUUUUUGUACAGAGUAAAUACAGGUUCUCUAACUUCCCAUUUGUAUGCUAACCGAGACAGAUCAUCCAGGGGAUAUGUGCUUGGCUGGGCAUUGUGUGUAAUGUGUGGCAGCCUGUGAUAGGUGAGUGUACAGUGUAUGCCCUCACUUUCUCUCUCUAUAUGUAUAUAUAUAUGUUUUUAAUGUAUUGAACAAUUCAUGUACCUAGUGUAAGUUAUAUAACUUUCAAGAAGACAUGUCAUUGGGAAAGGAGGGGUUCCUGUAUUCCAGUUUGUUUAUGGAUGCCUUUAAGUAAUUGCAGUGUCAAUAUGUGCUGUAUUCUAAAGUUCUAGACAAUCUUCUUAUUGUACAGAAUACAAGUCGUGGCUUUCUCCUUUUUUCAAAGGGAAGAUUAAAAGGAAUUGAUUUCGUCAAAAUCAAAUAGUGGAGGGCAAUGGAAACUUAUUGGAAAAAUUUAUUUACGUCUGCAGGAAAGAUGCUAGUCUUAGUUUUUUGGAACCAUUAGUUGGAUCUAGUUUUCUUCUAUAAUCAGUUGUAGCAUGGCUUUAGACAGGCUGCGCCCUGGAGUGAAACAUAUAAGUUGUAGGUACAUUAUCUUUUCACAGUGCCAAUUUGUGCAACUGAUUCUGACCAUGCAUAAUUGGAAUGGUCCACAUUUGUGACUUCCUUUCUAUGUCCUGUUCAUUUUCCAAUGUCCUGAAGUGAGAUGCAGUUUUCAUCAUUAUACUCUCUGGAAAUAGACACUGGGUCACUGCAUGUGGAAUGUGAAGCAUGUUGGAAAUGGAAAAGUUGCAGAUCCUGCUUAAUUUUCUUCUAAACGUCUAUGUGUCUUCUCAAGUAGUUAAUACAUGACCAAUAUUAGGCCAAAUUUUAACAACCCCUCCCUCCUCCUAGUUCUUGGUCAUGUGCUGAAUGGUAGCAAAUGAAUAGAUGUUGUGGGAUCAAAUCUCAUUGAUAUCCUCUCCUUCCUCUUCCUCAACCCUGCAAACAGCUACUGGUGCUUGAAAUACUUUUAACAUCAUCUUCAAGGAUGUCAAUGUCACUUUUUAAGUUUUGGUGAAGAAUUGAGAAAACUAUUUCAGUGCUCUGCUUGUUUUCCAGUUAGUUGCACGCCUGACUGGGUCUCAUAUGAAUCUUAGAAAGAUGGAAUCUUAAACAAUAAGAAUUCUGGUUAAUUCGCAAACAGAUGGUCACUAUCAUUAGGUGGGCAAAUUUUCUAGAGAAUCUAAUUAGAGAAAGUCAUGUACAGUAACUAGAGAGAAUGCUACAAUUGAUAAUGAAUGGUUCACAAUUAUUUUUUCUGUUCUUUUUA